AGUAAAGUGUUAGGAGGGACUAUAUAAUUGUUAUGAAAUAAAGAAAGUCAUUAAUUUUCACAGUGUUACAUCAUGUAUUUUCAUAUCACAUAUUUUCACAAUAUCAUAUCUCUUCUAGGACAUCCCAUAUAACUUUAUUCCAUACUUCUCAUUAUCUUUAAAUGAAUUACCAUAUCAACUGGCUUGUAACUUUUAAAUCUAUGAUAUCAUUUAUGAGGAAAAAUAAAUCACUAUAUUUGCCAAGCAAAAGCUUCUAUACUCUGUAUUUGUUUAGAAAUGCUGUCUAGUCAUAAAGUUGAAGGAGAUUGUCUUGUAACCCCUUCACUUUAAAAGCAAGGAAAAUCGAGGUCCAGAGCAGAUAUAGGACUUGUCCUGUAUUCCAUUACUACCCUUGCUUCUUUUCAAGCAUCAUGGACAAGGACUAGCCUAAUUAAUCACUUCUAUAAGUAACCAUAAUUGUUAUACUUAAGAAUUGUCUCAGGUUUGCAGAGUUGUCCUGAUCUGGAAAUUCAAACUGAACAAUGCAUAAGAAAUGUGUGUAAUCCUGGGCUGUUUUAGUGAAGAAUGGAUAUUAUCUAGCACAAAAAAAACAUCUUUAUAAUUGUCAGGAACCUGUUUUAGAAAGGAUGACUGCUAUUUGACAGUUAAAUAAAAGGAAUGGGUGAGGUCAUUCCUACCCAUAAUUCAAAACCCAAGUCAAAUGCCAUCUACCUCUCAAAGCCUUUCCUAAACCUUGUAAAUUGAUGUGAGCACUUUCCUUUCCAAACUCUAGCCUUUAAAUAUCUCCAGGUACUCAUAUAUAUUCUUUAAGUUACAGCUAAUGGUGCCGUCGUCAGGGUAGGUUUCAUGUCUGUUUUGUUUUCACUACAUCAGUGGCGCCCAGCCCAGGCUUUGUUUUUUGUUGGCACUCAGUAAAUGUUUUAUGGAAUGAAAUAUCCAUCAUGGCAUUUUAGGAGAGUACUUUGCAGCUGGCUUUAAUAAACAAUCCUUGAACUAAGAGUUUCAAAGAUUUAGUCCCAGUCACUUGCUUAUAGCUUUGUAGCUGUAUGCAGGUCAUUUAACUCCUCUGAGCCUUAUCAGUCAGAUUGGAAUACGAGUAACAGGAAAUGAAGAGCUGGUGAAAAACUUUGUAAAAGGAACACAACAUUAAGGUGGCACUAUCCCUAAAGCCCCUUGCUGCAUCCCACAUAGUGCCUUACAUGUAUUAAGCAAACAACUACUUCAGUUUUUCUAAUUUAAUUGAAUCAUAAUGGUAUAUAUUUUAUUGAAAUCAAAGUUUGGCCCUAGUAGUUGACACAGCUUUGUUGGAGCUGGGAAAUUUUACCAAGGGAAAAUAAAAUUAUUGCCCUCAUGCAGGCUGAUUCUCCUAUCCUAGAACAGUUUCGUUAUGAACCAAGGAUCAAUGAAAGAGGAAGCAGCCUGAUGCCCAGGGAUUUUCUUAGUACUUCUUCCUGUGCAAGCACAUGCUGGACCUGGGAGGCAGAAUAGGAACUUGCCACCCUCCAUUUUCCAUCUUACAGGAACAACCCAAAGGAAAAAAGGGACUUCUGUCAGAGGAAUAGAGGUAGGUGUGACAGGACUAUCCUGAAGCCAGGAUUACCCUGGGGGUGGGAUGCUUUGUAUUCUGCCCACCCAGCUAUACUGUCUUGGGCAUCAGUGAGUUAAGUUUUUCCUUGUGUGGUAUGAGGAAACUAGUAAACCAAACCCAGAAAUAAAGAAAUUACCACGGAAGGCUUUCCUUAAAAUACAUUUAAAAGAGUGAAGCCAUAACUAGAAGAAUGUUUCCAAGGCAGAGCUGGCUCUAGCUUGGACCUCCUGGGUUUAGGGGAUGAGAGUGGCCAUUUGAUUUGAGUUUGAGCAUGUUUAUUGUAAAUAAAACCAUUUCCCUGGAGCCUGGCAAGUUUUGCAGCAGGCAUACCAAAAUGUAAUUGAAUUGUGACUGCCUCUUAAAUUGUGAAAUUAAUUUUACACUUAACAAAUGCUUUAAAAAAUAGAGGAACAAGUGGCUUUAAAGUUCAGAGUGUUAAUAUUUGAAAUCUGUCCAAUUUAAUUAACUGCGUCCCAGAGACUGUUUCCUUUUUCUCUGGUCAGUGUCACUGAUCUAACACCCAAUUUUCUUCUUUGUUGUGAGAAAGGAAUUAAAUGCAUCAUUUAUUUAGUUGUAUUGACCUGAAUCAUAUCUCCCCAGCAUACAUUCUUAUUUCAGGAAAUCGGAUGCAUCCAUGUGGAAUUUACUCAGUAACUCUUCCUAGUGACAUUUGUGUGAUCUAAUUCAAGGAACUGAAAUGAAGGCUGCACAUGAUUUACUUGCAUAUGAUGCAGCUGUUUUUAGUACUGUAUUUACAUUUUUAAAAGCAAGAAUGCACCUUCUUGAUGGAACAGACAUACAUUUUUAGAUUCACAGACUCAAGAACCGUAGAACAAAGAAGUUUCUUAGAAAUUGAAUCCAGACAUCUCUUUUUGUUUUGAAGAGGUAGAAACUUGAGUCCCAAAAGAUUUAGUGGCCCUGAACUAAGCUCACAGGGUCAGCCAGUGAUAGAACAAAACAAGAAACUAGAUGGGUUCCCAAUUCAAGCCUCUUGUUUGUCCCAGAUAAAUGUAGGUGUGGUUUACAUUGACAAUUUGUUAUGACAUCUGCAGCUUAUUAAGACAGUGAUAGACAACCUAGCCACUUAGCUACUUAAAUCAUCUAAUUUCUGCAUGAGCAUAUUACAGUAUACUAUAGUCCCUUUAGCUACCUACCCUUAUUUUUCUUUUCCUGCUUAUAUACUUAUUUUUAAUCUUGUGUUUUUUUAAGCCACCCUAAAUCAAUUUUUUGAAUGAUAAUAUCUAAAUAAAUACUCGAAGUGAUGCUUUGUGUUCAUGCUAAUUACUCAUGUUUCCAUAGUGUCUACGGUAUGUCAGAGAUCCUGGCAAUGUUAAUUAUCCUAACAGUAUUUCAUCUUUUCCAUCUAUCAGAAGUAGCAAUAAAAACAAAUUUCAAGUGGAGUGCCUAAAAAAUAUAUCAUUCUUUCAUUGCUUCACAAGACCUGUCAUUUACUCCAUCAUUUAUAGUGAUGCUACAGGACAGAGAGGAAUGGAUAAAAACAUUGGCGAGCAACUCAAUAAAGCUUAUGAAGCCUUUCGACAGGCAUGCAUGGAUAGAGAUUCAGCAGUAAAAGAACUACAGCAAAAGCAGACUGAGAACUAUGAGCAGAGAAUACGUGAGCAACAGGAACAGCUGUCACUUCAACAAACUAUUAUUGACAAGCUAAAAUCACAGUUACUUCUUGUGAAUUCCAGUCAAGAUAACAGUUAUGGCUGUGUUCCCCUGCUUGAAGACAGUGAAGCAAGGAGGAAUAAUUUCACUCUGGAUCAGCCACAUGAUAACGUAAAAUCACGAAUACCAAAAGAAAAAGAAUCAAAGGUAAGAAGACAAGAGUUUUCUUCUCCAAGAAAAGAAACUUCACCAAGGAGUCUUGGCAUUCCUUUAUUCCAUGAAAGAGGUUAUAUAGAGAAGACUUUCCGGGAUCUGAAAGAAGAAUUUCAUAGAAUAUGCAUGCUAGCCAAAGCACAAAAAGACCACUUAAGCAAACUUAAUGUACCAGCCACUGUAACUGAGACACAGUGCUCUGUGCCUAUACAGUGUACGGAUAAAACAGAUAAACAAGAAGUGCUAUUUAAGCCUCAGGCAAAAGAUGAUAUAAAUAGAGGUGCACCAUGCAUCACAUCUGUCGCACCAAGAGGAUUGGGCCAAGAUGAGGAAGACACCUCUUUUGAAUCACUUUCUAAAUUCAAUGUCAAGUUUCCACCUACGGACAGUGACUCUACUUUCUUACAUAGCAGUCCAGAAAGACCCAGUGUCCUUGGUCCUGCCUCAUGUGAGGCUAUGUGCCAGGAUAAAUUUAAUAUGGAGCCCAGAGACAACCCAGGAAACUUUGUCAAAACAGAAGAAACUUUAUUUGAAAUUCAGGGAAUUGACCCCAUAGCUUCAGCUAUACAAAACCUUAAAACAACUGACAAAACAAAACCCUCAAAUCUUGUAAAUACUUGUAUCAGGACAACUCUGGAUAGAGCUCCGUGUUUGCCACCUGGAGACCAUAAUGCAUUAUAUGUAAAUACAUUACCACUUCAGGACCCAUCUGAUGCACCUUUUCCUUCACUCGAUUACCCAGGAAAAGCUAUCCGGGGACCACAGCAGCCCGUUUGGAAGCCCCUUCCUAAUCAAGACAGUGACUUAUCGGUACUAAGUGGCACAGGCUCAGAACUGCAUAUACCUCGAGUAUGUGAAUUCUGUCAAGCAGUUUUCCCACCAUCCAUUACAUCCAGGGGGGAUUUCCUCCGGCAUCUUAAUUCACACUUUAAUGGGGAGACUUAAGACGCAUUUGAAAACAGACAUAUCAAGUUCUAUGUGAUGAUUCUGGGUUUGUAAUAUUAUGUACUUGAUUGCAAACUUAGCUCAAAAUCAUUUAUUGAAAAAUCCAGUGUCACAGCUAUUUGAAUUUUUUUCUAAACUUAUGUUGUAACUUUCUUUUAUUACCUUUUAAAAGAUCAUUCUGUACAAAACUGUAAUUCAUUGUAUUCAUGUUUACAGUGUUUAUUGCCAUAAUUCAAAAUUAUGUAUGUGACUUAUGGAAUUGUAUAACAAUAAUUUAUGUUUUUUUCAAAUGUCUAAGCUUAUUGCUUGGAUUUCUAGUUAGAUCUAUUGAAUUUGGUGAUGUCAAAUGUUUAUAGGGUUUUUUUCACUUGUUUUCAUUUAAAAGUUUAGAUUAUUUAUGCUGUGGGUGUUCUUUUUGAAUAAACCAAUAAUAGAGAAUAGCAGACAAGAUAAACAUCUGAGUAAAUACCAAACCUAAGACAUUUGUUGCUCAGUGAUAAGAUCACUGGUAGGAUUAUUUAAACACUUUAUUAUUUUUUUUUAAAUAAUAGACAUGGUUUUAAUUUUUACUAUACGUAUAGCAACAUGAUGAAAUUAAAUAUUAAAAGUUACUUAUAUUGUGAUAAUUAAUGUGUUCUUUGUUCUUAAAUAAAUAAAUAAAUCACAUUUGGGGGAAAUUCAUAAAA